UCUUGAGACAAAGUGUCUUAUUUGCUGUCUGGAUUACUGUACUAUUUGACAACUGGUGACAUCCUUUUCAGAUGUGACAGGGAUUGUAGAAAAGAACCGUCCGAUAGCUUCCAACAUGGACCUCGAGGCUCCUGAUUCUCAACCUGGCUCCAAAACGGCAUCCCCGGUAAACAACUGGGUGGAAUUCGACGGAUACGACCGCGGCAAAGAUGGCUUCGUUUCUGAUGAAGAGCCGUACCUUCCCGGCCCUCAACCUGAAUGGCCGUCCGACGUGUCGGAUGAGGGUUACUCCGAAGUUAUAAAAUUGUCAAAAUUGGCUGACGCCGACCCGAAUGAUGGUGUCUACGUGACGGUUGCCAGCUACGGCACAGGUAUGGGACCAUCGCGAACAACGGCUAGUCCUUUGUUGGGGCUCAACACGAUGAUGGCGAAUGACCCAAACCUAGCAGUUGACCGGAUGCUAGGUUAUGGCGCAACGGACACGAACGACGGCCAAGUUCCAGAAACGCCAGAUGCCGGAACCCUCUUUGACGAAUUUGAAGAAUCAAGGUGGCCGUGUUGUGGAUGUUUCCCGAAAUGGUUCAGGAAUGAGCUUUACGAGGUCGUCCAUUUGUCGUGGUCGUUAAUCGUGCUCUGCAUAUUCAACUAUCUCAUCUCGCCUAUUGCGAUUGCGUUCGUCGGCCAUCUUGGAACAAAGAAACUCGCUGGCAUUUCACUUGCUUGCACGGUUUUCAAUGUCACUGGAAUAUCGAUUGGUAUCGGACUAUGUUCCACAUGCGGCACCUUCUUUACCCAGGCCUUCGGAAGUGUCAACAAGAAGCAAGUCGGUGUUUAUCUUAUUCGGGGCAUCAUCAUUAUCGGGCUGUUUAUUUUCCCUUGCUAUGCGCUACAACUCAAUACAGAGGUUUUCCUAGUUUAUAUUGGACAGGAUCGAGAAAUAGCAAGUAUCGCUGGCGAGUAUAUCACAUGGUUUAUGCCGGCACUCCCGGCAGUUUUCAUGGGGGAAAUCCUCAUGCUGUACCUUCGCUGCCAGAAUAUCAUCAGGCCCACAAUAGUAAUAGGAGGUAUAAGCGUCGCAUUUGAUGCUGGACUGCAUUACCUCUUGCUGUAUGUCUUUGACUAUGGUAUAAUAGGUUCCGCUCUAACCCAAGUGGCCACGUUCUACGCGAUGUCUCUGAUGCUGAUUGGUUAUAUAUUCUUUACUGGAAUGUAUAAGGAAACAUGGGGUGGUUGGACGACAGAAGUGUUUCAUGACUGGGGUUACUUCUUUCGGUUAGCUCUAGCCGGAAUGGCGAUGCUUGCCAUGGAAUGGUGGGCAUUUGAGAUAGGGACUGUCAUAGCCGGUUUGCUUGGGCCAGUUCCUCUGGCUGCACAGGCCAUUGCGUUCCAAGUCAUAGCAUUUGUGUUUAUGUUACCACUGGGUACUGGACAGGCGUGCACGAUCAGAGUAGGACAGCUACUUGGUGGAGAAAAGGCUCUCCAAGCUUCGCGGUCAGCGAAGGUUGGUCUAUGUUUAAUAGCUGUAUCGGGCCUCACUAUGUCGGCAUUAUUGGCAUCUCUCAGUUCUGUGAUUCCAAGAUUAUUCACAGAAGACGAAGAGGUCAUUGCGUACUCUAAAAACGUUAUUCUCAUGAUUACCGUUUUUCAUUUCUUCGACAGUCUAUCGGGUGUUAUGGCCGGCAUUAUCCGAGGAUGUGGUCAGCAAGUCGUUGGAGCAGUGACCAUCUUCAUAGGGUACUAUGUGAUAGGGUUGCCUAUCGGGUUCUCGCUCAUGUUUCUGACAUAUUUGGAAGUCAUUGGUCUUUACAUGGGGUUGUCUGCCGGCUUGCUAUUCAUCGCUCUGGCUUUCGCGGUCUUCGUCUUCAGGUUGGAUUGGGACCAACUGGUGAGACAGGCCAUGGAGAAUGCGGGAACAGCUGAUAUGCUCCCUGAGGAAAAAGUGUCUUUGCUUGGUGGAGGAGGAGAGUACAGCCAGGUCGAUACCACAUCGGAUGGAGAGUACCUUAGCGCUGGGGAAACCACUGUCCUCAUAAAGCGGCACCGUCGCAGAAGCAAGCGAAGUCGUCUUCGUCACGGUCACCACAUGUCGAGGAGCGCCAGCCUAGCCAGUGUUAGUGACCAGGGACUUUACAAGUCAUCAAGGCCUACAAACCAAGAACUCCUCCUUAGACGCUCAGCUCUAAUUCUCAUCAUGAUAAUGUUCUUUGCAAUAGGAUUGUUCGUCAAAUUGACAGUCGAGCUACCACCUAUGGAAUGGACUGAGUUGUGUCUACAGAGAAACUCAAGUUUAAUCUCCAAUUCUACUGGAAAUGCUACAUUCUUGGCGAUUUGUCCCGAGAAUAUCAAUGUGUCAUCGCCAUUGCCUUGAUACUCUGCCCAACAGUUUGGUUCUUCUCAUGCCUCUCCUGUCGUCUCCAGGCAAGACUAUGGUAAAAUGGCCGUGCUCAGAACCCAUGGACAGUCACAAUCAGGACAUCUCUACUGUUGUCUCCACAAUGAGACACCAUAGGUAUAGUCACAACCGCUAUAAAUCACGUCCUCUUUACUUGUCACUGCUGGACUGUAAUGGUCACCGCCAAGAGACAGUCACAACAUGGAGAAGUCUUCACUUGUCUCUGCAAGGAGCCGGGCUAGUUUGUAAUACGCUCAGCCAGAAGCCAAUCACAGCCUUGCACUUCACUUGUCUCCAGAAAGAGAUGAGACUAGUCUUUGAUUGUCAGAAGCAGAGGACGAUCACCAUCUUGAGAAAUCGUCUCUUCGAGGAGGCAGGUUAUUUUGUUAUAGUCUCGGCCAGAAAACAAUCACAACUUUAAGAACUUUCGACUAAUCUCAACAAUAAAGCAGGCUAGUGAUAGUAAUAACCUGGUGACGAUCCCAAUGGUCUGUCACUGAGUAGUCGACGCCACAAAUGUAACCAUAACCUACGGGAGUCACAAUCGGAACACCUCUUCACUGUCUCCUGCAAUAGGUAAGGCUAGUCUGCAGUAGUCACAACCUGGAGAUAAUCGCAGCCUUGAGACCUGUUCGCUUGUCUCAACGAGGAGGCAGUCUUUUUUAUAAUAAUAACAACCUGGUGACGACCCCGAUGGUCUGUCACAGAGUAGUCGACGCCACAAAUGUAACCAUGACCUGCGGGGAGUCACAAUCGGAACACCUCUUCACUGUCUCCUCCAAUAGGUAAGGCUAGUCUGCAGUAGUCACAACCUAGAGAGAAUCACAGCCUUGAGACCUGUUCGCUUGUCUCAACGAGGAGGCAGUCUUCUUUAUAAUAGUAACAACCUGGUGACGAUCCCAAUGGUCUGUCACAGAGUAGUCGACGCCACAAAUGUAACCAUGACCUGCGGGGAGUCACAAUCGGAACACCUCUUCACUGUCUCCUCCAAUAGGUAAGGCUAGUCUGCAAUAGUCACAACCUAGAGAGAAUCACAGCCUUGACACCUGUUCACUUGUCUCAACGAGGAGGCAGUGUUCUUUAUAAUUGUCACAACCUGGAGAUGGGCACAACCUUGAGACGAUCCAGACAGACUGUCACAAUCUGGAGGAACACCACAAAUAUAUAUUGGUAUUUCAAUACGUAUACAGAGAAUAAAAUUCCUAUCUGCUGUUCUGUCUGCCCUCGUCACAAAUGAUAAUAGUCCACAUUUCAUUACAUGUAGUAGUGUACCUUCCAACAUUUCAAAUACUAAAAUGCGUAAUACGGGAUUUCCUCGUGAAUACCAGUAGCCUAUCCUUUCUGUACUAUAAAAGUAGGACCAUAAAUUUCGGAGGUCCACAAAAUUUACCAGUCGGACUAAAUUGGUCCUGGUACCUCCUUCAUUGUGAUUUGUCAUGC